CUGUACUGGGAGAUAUUUGUACAUAAAGGAUUAAAUUCAGCUAGGAUAUGCUUUACAUGCCACAACUUUGAGUAUCAGGGGACUGCAGCAGCUUCAGAGUUAGACUCAUGUGGUCUUGUUAGCCAGAAUCUAAACCAAUCAGAUAAAAUGCAAGACAACUCAGCACGGGAUAGAGUUAAUUCUGUCAAGGGUGGGAUUGUUUUCUCAAACAUUGUGACAACAGUUUCACCUACUUAUGCCCAAGAAGUGAGAACUGCAGAGGGAGGACAUGGUCUCCAUUCAACACUCUCUUCCCACUCCAGAAAGUUCAUUGGCAUUCUUAAUGGUAUUGAUACUGAUGCAUGGAAUCCUGCCACUGAUGAAUUUCUUCCAGUCCAGUACAAUGCAACUGAUCUGCACGGGAAAGUAGAGAAUAAGCAAGCCUUGAGAAGGAAACUAGGUCUUUCAUCUGCAGAUAUUAGGAGGCCAUUGGUAAUUGGUAGAAUAUUAAAUGGUAGUUGGUAGAAUAUUAAAUGUUUUACUGGAAGGUAC